UGCAACGUAAUCUUAUAUGCAAUAGCAACAGCAACGAAUGAAUAAGAUGCAUGACACGGAACCGAUCGCAUCUAUUGUACUUAGAAGAGUUAACUAAGAAACCAUGGCAGCUGGUUGUUGUGGAACGAAAAAGCAAAAGUUGAAUGAUUCUACAAGUAUACCACGUAAUAAUACCGUAAGUUUACAAAAUGGUAUUCGUAUACGGAACUCUAUAAUAGUUCAGCCUGAGAUGGGCUUUUAUUGUUUCGAUGUCCUUUACUGCCAACUGCACCAACUUGACCCACCAAAACCACCCAACUUCAGUAACGAAGCUUUCCCUUUAUUUGUAACAUGGACUACGGGUAAAGAUAGGAGAUUAAGGGGUUGUAUUGGUACAUUCAAUGCAAUGCAGUUGCAUGCUGGAUUAAGGGAAUAUGCUACUACUAGUGCUUUCAAGGAUUCACGGUUUCAUCCCAUAACAUUAGAAGAACUUCCACGAUUACAUGUAAGUGUUUCUAUACUCCGACAUUUUGAAGAUGGAGCAGAUUAUCUAGACUGGAUAAUAGGAGUUCAUGGAAUUCGUAUAGAAUUCCAUAAUGAAAAAGGCAAUAAACGAACUGCUACAUAUUUGCCAGAUGUAGCAAUAGAGCAAGGAUGGAGCCAAAUUGAAACAAUAGACUCUUUGCUACAUAAAGGAGGCUAUAAAGGGUUAGUUACUCCUGAUAUUAGACGUAGUCUGAAAUUAACUCGAUAUCAGAGUGAGAAAGUGACUGUGAGUUAUCAAGAUUAUUUGACACAUUGGCAAGGUCGAAGAUGCUAGCAACUGCCCUGGGGUUCUCUCAAAGGACCCCCCACUUAUCAUAUGUCUGGUAACAUUUGUUAUCUAAAUACAGAUACAUUUAAUUGUUGUCUACAAUAUAUUAAUUAUCAAUACAAUAAUAUAAUGGCCAGUCAACAAGCAUUCAUUAUAAUAGAAGUUAAUUAUUUUUCACGUACACAAUUGUGUUCAAUAUCUGUUAAUCUUAUCAACUUAUCCUUACAAAAUCAUCUUUCAUCUUUAUAUACAUAUGUAAAACUUUUUUAUUUAUCAUUAUAUCAUAAUCAUUAUCACAAAUGUCUUCCUGUAAAAGCUAUGGAAUACAUAAAUAUGGUACUAAAAGCA